AUGCUUCUUCCGGUUCGUGCGACGAAGCAGAGAGCGGUCCCAUGCGCGUCUUUCUUCUCCUGAGCUGGAGCCCCUUCUCGGCGGCUCGCGGAGGGAGCCUCAGUCUGGCACUCUUCUGCGACGCUCGCCGCGCGCGAUGGAUGCCGGACACUAGAUUGCAGUCUGUGGGAGUAAACCUGAGCGUUGGAUCACACCACAACAAUGGGGAGGCACCUGCUUCCUCGGCUCAACAUGGGAAGUCGCGCUUCCCGUCAGGAAGCCGUUGGUAAUGGGACCGUCAGAUGUGAAGAGAUGGAGGAGGAAGCCAUUGAGGGGAGGGGCAUGAGAAAGAAGCACAGUGUGCUGCUGUGUGUCAUGUGAGGAAGUAGCACGCACAUCUACCAGAGAAGAGAUGAAUGGCUCGGCUGCUGUCUGUUGGAUCGUAUCUCCGUAAUUAAUCACGAUUAUUGGCGUGAGGCAACAUGCAGCACACCUCUUGCACGGAGGACAGGAUCCGUCACGCUCUGGACCAAUGUCUGGAUGGGCUGGGAUGCAGUCCCAAAGCAGCUCACCGGUGGGAUGUGCUGAUGUGCUCCGUGGGCCAGUCAAUGAAUCGCUGGAGCCUGGAGGAAGUGGUCAAGAGAGACCCAGACAACUCCAUCAUCCUCUUGCAGCAGAUCCUGAGGAAGACCAAAGAGGUCCAGGAGAAUCGUCAUUACCAACUAGUGGCGCCGCUUGCCAUCAUGUUCACCUCCACACUGCUGCAGACGCCAUACUGUCCUCCAGAUAUGGAGCUACUCCAGAACGCUAUGGAGGUGUUCAGUACUUUCCUCACGUGGCCCGAACCGUACUGCGGCGUGUGUCGACAUCUGCUCUCCACGCUCGAGCUGGAGAUCAAGGCGCCGGGGAUUUCCUUUCAGAGACUGGUGAGAGAAGAACAAGACCUGAACCUCAGCUGUCAAUCCUCCAAGACCGUGACGGUUCUGCUGAUGAACCCGAGCGAGUUGCCUGCUGACUUUGUGUCAGUGGCCGAGCAGCUGAGUUGCGUUCAGCACCCGGAAAAAGAUACCUUCAUUACGCUCAUCAAACAUGCCUUCCAGUCCACACUUGGGACCAAAUAUCCCCUCUGUGAUAUUCACGGAGUCUUGCAAGCAAAAUCAGCCGAGGAACUGAGGGAGAUGUUCUCCGUGGUCAGUGGUGCGUUAGAGACAGCUGCAGCCAUGAGUUCUCCUCUGGACGGGCGUGACCAUGUGAUGCGGGAAUUGGAGGAACUGAGGGAGAGACUGAGCAUCCCUUCAUCCAGCAAAAGGAAUUGUGAUGGAAUGCUACAGACGUUCCCAAUCCCCUCAGCCAAGUGUCGCGUGUUCCACUGGGAAAAAGAUAACUUUGACGUCUUACACACCCUUCUGGAGGACGAGCGGCAAAAUUUGUCCACCGGGGAACAACCAAAGGAGGAUGAGGACGAGGCGGACAUUGAGGACGACGAGGGCCACGACACCUUGUCCACUGUGUCGGAGUCUUACGCUCCCUCGUUCAACUCCGGAGCGGACAGUGACUUUUUCGAGGAUUCCGACGACUCCGUCGGCUCACCCAAGUCGGCCAAGUCUUCGGCUCGGCUCAGCCAGCACUUGUACCGCCUCCUACGGAAGCCCAAGAGGUCGCUAAACCGCGCUAAAAGUUUGGGAUACACGGAAUCCAAAGACUUGUCAGUAUUGCGGGAGAUCCGUUCCAACUCGCUACCUCACCACGUGCAACUUCGUAGUCCCGAGCCGUCAUCCUCUCAGGUUCCGUCAGUUUUCAGUUCUCAGUUCUCUCGGACCGUCCGGCAGGUUUGCUUCAGAAGGCGACCCAUCCUCAGCUGCGACCAGGACGAGCAGAACGACACGCUGAGGGUGGUGGUGUUCGGCGCCGAUCAGGUCGCCGGCAAGUUGGCGCGGGCCUACAACAGCCUGAGACAAAAAGAAAGCGCUCGUCCUCGUCUCAGCCAAGUCUUCAAAAUUCAGUUCUACUUCGUGCCUGUUAAGAGAGACUCAGCAGCUUAUCUCACUUCUCCCACAUCUCAAGGAAUCAAUGAGGUCGUCAAUCUUAAUGGAACAGAAGAUAGCACUAAUGACGUGGCCCAUCUCCUCGGGAUGCUGGAUCCCUGGUACCAAAGAAACACUCUCAGCCUGCUUAAGUUACCCGCCAAUAUCGUCUGUCAGCAAACAUCCAAGACUGAGUCAGAGUCGUACGACAGCUCAUACGAACAUCGACUCCCGAUUCUCGCCGACCUGGUCCUUUACUAUUGCCGUUACGCAACACGGCCGGCUCUGAUCCAACUCUACCAAGCUGAGUUGACGUUAGCCAGUGGCGAAAGACGGACGGAGGUGUUUGUCUAUUCCCUCGAGUUGGGUCACACUGCCGGGACCAGAGCCAUCAAGGCAAUGGGCACGGCCAGCAAACGGUUUGGUAUCGAUGGUGACCGAGAAGCUGUGCCUUUAAAGCUCGACAUCAUGUACAAUCAAGUCGUGAUAAGUGGGAGGAGUCAGUGCAGAAGAGAAUCGAAAAUGUGCACUUCAGUCAACUUGACUAAAGCCUGCAGGAAUCCUGAAGAGUUAGACUCGCAGCUGGAGUGCCUGCAACUCAGCAUGACCGAGGUUCUAAAGAGACAGAAUGGGAAAAGCAAGAAGAGCUUGCACCUGAGCUUGACUGAGAUGAAGGUGGACAAGGUGCAGGUCUGCGGUGCUGCAGACACCACCUUUGCCGUCUGUCUGGACCAGGAUGAGAAGAAGGUACUACAAAGUGUCAUCAGGUGCGACAUCUCCCUGUGCUCCAAACCCGACAGCUCUUCAGAUUGGAGGCAGCGGCAGGCCCAAAUGUCGGCCCAAAUUCAGCCCCUGCACCCGACCUUCUGCUCGCUCCUCUGUCUGCCCAUCGUCACCUUCAGCGGAGCACUACCCUGACCCUUAAGAUUUCUGCUUUCAGGAAAAGAGUGUAUAUGCAAACAAAAUGGAUGCUCAAGACUGACUUCUCAAUUCUCUUCCAAAACACUUUGCAAUAACACAACUAAAAAUAGGAAUGUACAAAUUGAGUGCAAACGUGUCUAUAGUAGAUUUUAUGUGAUGUCAGAGUUUGUUCCAGGCCGUUGGGAAAUUAUAAACAGUUUGGACGACAGAGGGCGAUGUUGGCACAAAUUAGGGGUUUGAUUGAUGCAAUUAAGUAUGAACAGUUUUGGAUUUAUUAUGUUAAUAGGACUUUCCCUUCUUCAAUUUCCCAAAAGAGUGGUAGCUUUAAUGCACGUUUGUGUUUUGACACGUUUUAUUUGAACUUAUCUUUCAUUUUGCACUUUCUACAUCUGCGAGUUUCUUUCUGUUAGAGAAAAAUGCUCAACUGAUAUUCCUCGGACUAGAAUUAUUUUAUUGCAAAGAAACUCAACUAUUUUAAAAAAAUGUUCUAAUGAUUAAUAAGGUACUUUGGGGAUAGGAUAACAUUUUAUAAUUGUGUGUGAAUUAUUGUCAUUGUUUUUAUGGUUAACUUUAUAAAUUGUUUUUUAAUACGCAUAAACAAUCUAUUGAAAUUUAAA